AUGGCGGGGGUGAAGCAGCCUGGCUGCUGUUGCCUACCGGCACUCCUCGCUGCCAUCUUGGCCACUACCCUGCUCCUGUUCUCUCUGGCAGUGGCGGCGGUUGAGAAAGGGUCGAACAAGUCAUUGCUGCUCGAGCAGUCGAGGCAGUGGGCAACGGGGAAGGAUGACGCAAAGAUUUUGGCCGAGAUCGAAGCUCACGGCGGGGGAGGAGAGCAGGGUCGAGCCCAGUUUGAUACAUUUGAUCCUAGAUAUUGGGAUUCCCUUGAUGAUAAACAAAUUGAUAUUUUAGCACAGAAGGGUCCUAGAAGAGAUUUAUCAAUUCAGAAAGAUACUAAGGAUAGAUAUUUUAGAAGGUUUUCUGCACUAUUCUAUACAAGAAUUUUAUCAAAUGGAGAACAUCUUGCUAAUAGACUUACAGAGCAUGAGACAAGUGCAGAUCAUGUAUCGAGUAUGACAACUUGGUAUGAGUUGCGUAGUAGAUUGCAAAAGGAUCAAACUAUUGAUAAAGCCGCUCAACGACAACUCGAGAAAGAAAAGGAGCAUUGGAGAAAAGUUUUAUUUAGAAUUGUUUGCAUUGUUAAAUUUCUUGCCAAGCAUAAUCUAGCUUUUCGUGGGACUAAUAGCAAACUCUAUGAAGAUAGCAAUGGGAAUUUCUUGGGAUUGGUAGAGAUGUUGGCUGAAUUUGACCCAAUUAUUCAAGAACAUAUUCGUUGUAUUACAAGUGAGGAAACUCAAGCUCAUUAUCUUAAUUUUAAGAUUCAAAAUGAGUUGAUACACUUGCUUGCUUCUGCUAUUAAGUUUGAAAUUAUUAAGAAAAUAUAGACUGCAAAGUACUUCUCUGUCAUACUUGAUUGUACUCCUGAUGCAAGCCACCAAGAACAAAUGUCUUUAAUUAUAAGAUAUGUUGACUCAUCUUCAAGUGAUGUUCGCAUAGAAGAAUCUUUUCUAGGAUUUUUGGAUGUCAACGAUACAACUGGGCAAGGACUUUUUGAUGUGCUAGAGAAUGAACUAAAGCUCCUUGGUCUUGAUAUAGAUGAUGUGAGAGGACAAGGUUAUGACAAUGGGUCAAAUAUGAAAGGAAAACAUAAAGGGGUAAAAAAAAGACUUUUGGAUGUAAAUCUUCAUGCUUUCUAUUCUGCUUGCGGUUGCCAUAGCCUUAAUUUAACACUUUGUGAUAUGGCUAAGACUUGUAGUAAAGCUAAGGACUUCUUUGGAAUCAUCCAGCGCAUCUAUACAACUUUUGCUAAUUCUACUAAGAAAUGGCAGAUUCUGAAAGAUAACAUAUCAAGAUUGACUCUCAAGUUAGUAUCAGCUACACGUUGGGAGAGUCGUGUUGAAAGUGUUAAAGCUAUUAGAUUUCAGUGCACAAAAAUUCGAGAGGCUCUACUUCACGUAUUUGAUGUUGAUAAUGAUCCAAAAACAAGCAGUGAGGCUAAGGGCUUGGCAAACAAUGAACUUGGAGAGUAUGAAUUUAUAGUGGCAAUAGUCAUUUGGUAUGAGGUAUUAUAUGCCGUUAAUUUAGUAAGCAAACACUUGCAAGAUUAUAGGGAAACUGGUUUCUUAGAAACAUUAGAGAUUGCCAAAGGAAUUGCACUUGAGAUGGAUAUUGGUACAACGUUUCGUAAAAGAAGAGAAAUUAAAAGAAAGAGACAUUUUGAUGAGAACCUAGAUGACACAAAUGCUGCUACAUAGUCUGCAGAUGACCUAUUUAGAAUCAACUAUUUUGUACAUGUUGUUGAUCAAGCAUUUUCCUCACUUACAACAAGAUUUGAACAAUACCAGAGUUACCAAAAAAAUUUUGGUUUCUUAUUUACCUCUGAAACAUUACAGUCAUUGGAUGACACAAGUUUGAAAUCUUCUUGUGAUAAUCUUGGGGCUGUCCUUACAAAAGACGGAAAAUCUGAUGUUGAUGCCAAUGAUUUGUAUGUGGAGUUGAAGUUUCUUCAAGAUUUCAUUCCUAAAGAAAGUAUGGGUCCUGUUGAAAUUCUAAAGUUCCUAAAGUGGUAUGACUGUUUUCCCAAUGCAAGUAUUGCAUAUAGAGUUCUGUUGACCAUUCCUAUGACCGUUGCAUCGUGGCACAAAUUGGUCUGGGAAUUAGACUCCAUAUUCGCUGGUCCAGGGAACUCUGACCCGCAGAAGUUGAGAGUUGAGGAAUGGGAGAGGGUAUUUCCUGAAAUUGCAAGAAUUAUGGCACCAGAUUGGCCGUCAAUGGACACAAAAGGCAAUGUUAUGUUGCCAAUUAAGUUGCCUGGUGAUGUUUCUAACAUGCAUUCUGUACCAUCUGUCGUAGAACAUGAUCUUGAAAAUGGAAGCAUGGAUCCUGCAACAUUCAGUGACAGUGAGGAGAGUACUAGUCCAUCUGUGGUUAUAGCCGCCAUCCUGAUCAUCGUGUCAAGCAUGAACCCAAGAAGCUUGCAAAGUUCUUUGAUGAUUGGUCUGACAGUGGAGUUUCGUUUUCCGAAUGUCAACUGGGUAAAACAUGAGAAAACUGAGGCUACCUUACAUUUCAGAUGUCACAUCAUCAUCCUGGUGUUCGUGGUCGAUUCACCAGAUGUUGCAGAUGGGCAGGAUGUGGUUGUAAAUAUGGGACAUGAAAGAGUAGGAGGCAAUGCAGCUGCAGAUCUAGAUGCUAUAGCUUUGUCAAUGUCGUAUGAUUAUUCUUGGGUUGACAAUUUUGUUACAUAG